AUGUCGUCCACCGCGAUCCCCAAGCGCGUUGCGCUGAACCGUAUGCAGACGACGGACUCCUCUGUGGCCAGCUCGGCCUCAGUGUCUCCCAUGGAAAGUCCUCGUCAGUCUCCUUCGUCCACCUCGUUGUCCUCGAUGGCGUCUGAGGUCGAGCCCCGUCGCACCAAGAUGCUCGACACCUACGGCAACGAGUUCGAGAUCCCCAACUACACCAUCAAGGACAUCCGUGAUGCCAUUCCUCCCCACUGCUUUGAGCGUUCCGCAGCCACCAGUCUGUACUAUGUCGCGCGCGACUUUGCUCUCUUGGGAGCCACCUUCUAUCUCUUCCACAACUAUGUGACUCCGGAGACUGUCCCCUAUCUGCCCGCCAGAGUCGUGUUGUGGGGCUUGUACAGCGUUCUGCAGGGUCUGUUCGGUACCGGAGUGUGGGUUCUGGCGCACGAGUGUGGUCACCAGGCCUUUUCCCCCUCGAAGAAGCUCAACGACACUGUCGGAUGGAUCUGCCACUCUGCCCUGCUGGUCCCCUACUUCUCCUGGAAGAUCUCCCACGGCAAGCACCACAAGGCCACCGGUAACCUGGCCCGUGACAUGGUGUUCGUUCCCAAGACCAGAGAGGAAUAUGCCUCGCGCAUUGGAAAGGCCGCCCACGAGCUGAGUGAGCUCAUGGAGGAGACCCCUAUCGCGACCGCUUGCAACCUGGUUCUGCAGCAGCUCUUUGGAUGGCCCAUGUACCUCUUCACCAACGUCACCGGCCACAACAACCACGAGCGCCAGCCUGAGGGACGCGGAAAGGGCAAGAAGAACGGUUACUUUACCGGUGUCAACCACUUCAACCCAUCCAGCCCGCUGUAUGAGGCCAAGGACGCCAAGCUGAUCCUCUUGAGUGACCUCGGGCUCUUCAUCACCCUCGCAGUUCUGUACUACAUUGGCACGAACUUCGGCUGGCAAAACCUCCUCGUCUGGUACGGUCUUCCCUACCUCUGGGUGAACCACUGGCUCGUUGCCAUCACCUACCUGCAGCACACCGACCCCACUCUCCCUCACUACGAGCCCGAGGUCUGGAACUUCGCUCGCGGUGCCGCUGCCACCAUCGACCGCGAGUUCGGUUUUAUCGGUCGUGAGCUCCUGCACGGUAUCAUCGAGACCCACGUCCUCCACCACUACGUCAGCACGAUCCCCUUCUACCACGCCGACGAGGCCAGCGAAGCUAUCAAGAAGGUGAUGGGCAAGCACUACCGCACGGAAGCCCACACUGGCCCUCUUGGCUUCCUCAAGGCCAUGUGGACCAGCUUCCGUAUGUGCCAGUGGGUUGAGCCCACCGAGGGUGCCGAGGGUGAGAGCAAGGGUGUUCUCUUCUUCCGUAACAGGAACGGUCUUGGUGUCCCUCCUGCCAAGAUUGCCAAAUGA